CCUCCCACACUUCCAUUACUCAGUUACAACCACUGGAGAACAGCUGAAGUCCGAGCGGACACAGGACGGGACUCUAACUACAGACUCAAGUCCCAUUCAGGACAGAUAAAAGUUCGUUCGGUCACUGUGCCAAAAAAAUACCCGUGCGUAAUUACGCAUAGCGAACAAAUGAGCGCAGCGAUAAUGGAAGUGAACGCCGAAGCCAGACGGAUCUUGGCGGUGUCCAUAAGUAAACUGUACGCGUCCCGGACCCAGAGAGGCGGACUGAGACUCCACCGGAGCCUCCUGCUGUCCCUGGUCAUGAAGUCCGCCCGGGACAUCUACCACUCCUCCCGGGAGAGCGAGGGGCCACCGGUCGGCGGCGAGCAGCCAUCCACGGAGGAGGCGAUGGACGCGUGCUCCGGGUGUCCGGGGGAAGCAAACCCCGGGCACCGGGAGCCUCAACCGGAGCCCGAGUCGGUGGAGCCGGCCCCCGAGGAUCCGGAAGGGUGUGACGGAGAAAUCACCGAGGACAAAGAGAACCGGAGCCCGGCCAGGCAGUCACGGAAACGGCGGGGGAAGGCGUCAGCGGCGCCGGACUUCCUUCCCAGUAAGAGGGCGAGGCUGGAGCCCGGGGAGGAGCGGUACGCGGCGGCCCCGCUGGGCAGCUGCUGCCGCGCCGGGGCCGUGGACUCCCUGAGCGCUUUGUCUCUAAACCGGGUCAUACCGGCCUUCUGAACACACGGGUGGGGGGAACAACAGCCUCCACGGGACUCAGAACAGGAGUGGAUGUAAGUUAACUCCUCUGCUAAACCUGUAAAGGGUUAGGGCGGAGGGACGGAGGGAUGCCCGUGCGCUCCGGAGAUGACCGACAGACAGCGGCGGGUCCACGGAUGGAAGGACCACCGGAGAACCGAGGCAGGCGCGUCCUCCAGAGACUGUCCGGCGGACUGGAAAAGCCGGUACAGAGGGAAAGGAGACGAAAAGAAAGAAAGAAAGGAAGAAAGAAAGAAAGAAAACAUGCCGAAAAAAGACGGAUAAAGGCCGAAAAGUUUAAUUAAGGAGGAAAAACUGAAGGAAGUGGUUUGAGUUGGUUUUUCAGUGACUCAGCUUCAGUUCAGCCCAAACAAGUGACUGGUGCUGACUCAAAGUGUGUGUGUGUGUGUGUGUGUGUGUGUGUGUGUGUGUGUGUGUGUGUGUGUGUGUGUGUGUGUGUGUGUGUGUGUGUGUGUGUGAGUCAGAAGUGAAGUGCUAAACCUUCUCAGACCAACACGUUCACACACAACGAGAACUUCAGGGAAUUUCCUGCCAUUAAACCGGAAUAUGAGACUGAAACAGAGAAAGAGGAAGAACACACAGAGACAGACUCACACACACUGAAACACACGCACUGAAACACACACUCUUAACCACACACACACACACACACACACACUGAGCUGCUGCUGACCCACAGUGGACUUUGGUAAACCCACUUUACUGCUGUAGACCCGGUCUGGGCUCCAGACCAGAGUCACAUGGUGCUUUUAAAGGCCUUCAAAGACCUUCAAUCUACUAUUUUUUUGUGUUGUUCUGUUCUUGUUUAAUGUCUGAAAUGUGAAAAUAUAAUAAUACCUCACAUUCCAUGCUGCUGUUUUUACUCAGAAUCAUGAGUUAAUGAUGUAAAUAUUUGGAAUAAACCUGGUUCAAGUUUA